AGGAAUUUCUUAUCGAAGUUUAGAACUUUUAGAGAAAGAAAGUGUUUGUCGAAUUCAUGGUAAAUGAAUCCAGUUGGAGCGAUGCUGAAGAUAAUCAGGUCUACAACUGCUGCUGCGGCUUCUUCUUCUUCUUGCUGGAGCUGGAGAGGUAUGCCUUGUCUUCACUCUAACUCCACUCUUGUUGUUUUCCUCAACAAUUACUUAGCUUUCUUUCAUUCUCAACCUUCUAAACCAAUCAAAUCUAGAAGUACCCAACUCAAGCAGCCAGUGAGAGACUUACCCAAUAUCACUAAUCUUGGGGAUGCUUUCAAUAUGUUCGAUAGAAUGCUUCAAAUGCGUCCUCUGCCUUCUGUUGCCCCUUUCAAUCAAAUCUUGAUUCAAGUUGCGAAAUUGAAACAUUAUUCGGCCGUCAUAUCUUUGUACAACCAAAUGGGUAUGUCGGGAAUUGAACCUGAUGGUUAUACUCUAAACAUUCUCAUUAAUUGUUAUUGCCAUUUGAACCAAAUGGGGUUUAGUUUAUCUGUCUUGGGAAAUUUCUUCAAACUUGGUCUUAAACCAAAAGUCUCUACCUUCAACACUCUAAUCAACGGCUUUCUUCUCAAGAAUAGAGUGGCUGAGGCAGCAGGAAUUUUCAACAAAAUGAUUGCGGGAGGUAAUUGUCAGCCUAAUGUGGUUACUUAUGGCACACUAGUAAAGGGCUUUUGCAUGAAAGGUAACAAUAGUGCUGCUAUUCAGUUGCUUAGGAAGAUGGAGGAAGGAGCUUGCAAGCCUGACCUAGUUGCCUAUAGCACAAUCAUCGACAGUCUUUGCAAGGAUACACUAGUUGAUGAUGCAUUAAACCUCUUCUCAGAAAUGAUGUGCAAGGGUAUUGCCCCAAAUGUCAUUACCUAUACAUCUUUGAUUCAUGGAGUUUGCAAAUUAGGCGAGUGGAAAGAAGCUACAAGGUUGUUGAAUGACAUGGUGAGUAGAAAUAUCUUUCCAGAUGUGCGCACCUUCACUGUCUUGUUAGACACACUUUGUAAAGAGGGGAUGGUUGGGGAAGCACAAACUGUGGUUGAAAUGAUGAUUGAAAGAGAUAUUGAACCUGAUACUGUUACAUACAGUUCACUAAUGGAUGGUUACUGUUUGCAAGGAAGAAUUGACGAAGCAAAAAAGGUUUUUGAACUAAUGCUUAGCAAGGGCUCCAUGGUUGAUGCUUUUAGUUAUAACAUAUUGAUAAACGGAUUUUGUAAGCAUAAGAUGAUGGAUGAGGCCAUGAUGCUUCUUGGGGAAAUGUCUGGUAAAGGGCUGGUUCCAGAUACCGUUACUUAUAGUACUCUUGUGGACAGUUGUUGCAAAAUGGGCAAAAUAGGUGAUGCACAAAAGCUGUUCUCUAAGAUGCAAGCUUGUGGCCAACUUCCAGAUGUUCAAACUUAUGCUAUUCUACUGGAUGGCCUGUGUAAAAACCGACAACUUUCUACAGCAAUGCAAUUGUUUAGAGAGAUGGAAGGGAAGAGGUUUGAUCUAAAUAUUGUGAUUUACAAUAUUCUUAUUGACGGUUUGUGCCUAGCUGGAAAAAUUGAGUCUGCAAGGGAUCUCUUUUGCGGUUUAUCAUCCAGAGGACUUCAACCAAAUGCGAGGACAUAUAACAUAAUGAUUAAAGGACUCUGUAUUGGGGGCCUGACAAGUGAAGCAGUAAAGCUGCUCACCGAAAUGGAAGAGAAAGGUUGUUCUCCAGAUGGGUAUACGUAUAACAUAAUUAUUCGAGGGUUCAUCAAUAACAAUGAGACAGUAAGAGCGAUGGGACUUAUUCAACAAAUGGUGGAAAGGGGUUUCUCUGCAGAUGCAUCAACUACAGAAUUGAUAGUUAAUUUAUUGUGUAAAGAUAAAGUGGAUCCAGCAUUGUUGCCAUUGAUAAAAAGAGAGUAAUGAACUUAACUCGCCCCUUUGAAAGUUGAAACACACCUUCUAUCACAGUAAACAUUGAAACUGCAAGAUGAUUUCAUUGAAUUUUUUGUCUGAAUGAUUGUUGAUGAGGGAGUUACUGAGUGUUUUUCUUUUUAGUAUGAGGAAUCUUUACAA